CUUUCUUCUUGAUUAGUCGCGAAAAAGGAAGUGUCCCUAUACCUUCGCCACGUGGCUUCAUAUCCAUCGUCAAUUUACAUCACUCCUCGAAGUUUACAUCGAAUCUCGAAAGUCGAAACCAUUGCCCUGACGUUAAAAUAAAGAUUUAAGCUCACACUAUACUUACUGUGUGCAUACUUGAAGCAAUCAAGAUUGAAGACUUAAAACCAGAAUUUUCUCAUUUUUCGACGAUUUUCUCGAAAACGAGCUAUGGCGUCGUCUCAGGUUGAGGUGGACGACAGUUGUUGCGAAUUGAAGUAUCUGGGCUUCGUUAAGGUCCUGGCGAUCAACGCCGUCGUAUUCGUGUCGAAUCUCUACGACUCCGCCAAGCAGAAUUCCGGUUCGUACAAAUCCGCCUUCGAGAGGGCUGAGGGCGCCGUCACGGCCGUCGUGAGCCCUGUCUACAGCAGAGUGAAAGGGGUUCCCGGUGGUAUUCUUGCUUUCAUCGACAAGAAGGUAGACGAGGCAACAAACAAAUUCAACGAGUGCGCCCCAACAUUCGCCAAGAAUCUCGUUUCAAAAGCCCAAUCCAUAUUCAGGAAAGCUUCCGAACUAGCCAGUGAGCUAACGGCGGAAGCCCAAGUGAAGGGCCCACUUGCAGCCAUUUCCCAUGCCGGCACAAUCUCAAAACAGGUGGCAGUUAACCUGCUUGUGGUGGUUUGGUACAAGGCCAACAAGCACCCGAUCUUGCACGGCUUGUUUGAAAUGGCUAUUCCAACGGCCGCUCACUGGUCGGAAAAGUACAACAAUCUGGUCAAGAACCUGAGCACAAAAGGGUUUACUUUUAUGGGCUUUGUUCCUUUGGUCCCUGUCGAGGAAAUAUCAAUGGCGUAUAAACAGGUGGAGGCAGCUGAGGGCAAGAGUGAAUCGGACAAGGAAUAGGUUUGGAUUUGGGUUUUUGUUUAAUGAAAGAUGUUUGAUUUGGAAGCUCAAGGGUUUGUGUAGAUUGAUUUGGAAAUUUGUGUGGGCAAAUGGAUGAUUAAAUUGUGUGUGAUGUUGAAUAUGUGUUUGCUCAAGUCUGCAAUGGAAAAAUGGGUUUUCAUCAUUGUGAGUGUAGAUUUGUGAUUUGAGCUGUUCUUAUGCUUUCCUUGAUUCUCUUGUGGCUGCAAAUUUGUCAAAUUUUUUGUUGGUCUGCAGAUUUGUACGGUUAAGUGGUCCUUUCUUGAAAGCAUCAAGAAAUGAAUUAAAUUAUUUUUGGGAGACUUAGUUGAU